AUGGCCACGAACGGUACUUCAACAACAAUAACAAAAGAAUCACCUUCAAAUGUUAAUGUAACUAAUGUAACUGCGGCUUUAGAUAUUGAAGGAAACGUACCACUAGAGAGUGUUCAACUUGAUGGACUGGUUAUCCUCAAGAUAAUAAAACAUUGCCGUGAAUUUUUUCCUAAUACUGUCACUGGUCAACUUUUGGGACUUGAUGUGAAUGGAGUAUUGGAAGUAACUAAUUGUUUCCCUUUCCCUGGUCCAACAAAGUAUCAAGUUGAUAUGAUGCGUUGUCUUCGAGAAGUUAAUGUUGAUCAUAAUACAGUUGGUUGGUAUCAAUCAACAUAUUUGGGUUCAUUUGUAACUCAUAAAUUAAUUGAGACUCAAUAUAAUUACCAACAAACAUUUAAUAAUAAAAAUGUAUCUCGUUCAACUCAUGGUAAUUUGUCAUUACGUGCUUUUAGAUUCACUCAAGCCUUCAUGGAUGCCCAACGUGAAAAUAAAUUUACCUCUGAAUCACUUUUAAAGAAUAAACUUACAUUUUCAAAUAUUUUUGAAGAACUUCCUAUUACAAUUAAAAAUUCUCAUUUGAUCACAGCGCUUCUUCAUUCAUUGGAUGAUUUUGAAAAUGUCAUUCCUCAAGGAGGAAUUUCUACAUUAGAUAAAGAAACUGUUACUGGUCCUUUAACUCCAAAUUUUGAUACCUUAGAAUUAAGUCUUGACCCUUAUAUUGAAAAGAAUUUAGAAUUCUUAUUAGAAGCUAUUGAUGAACAUGGACAAGAACAAAGUAAUUUUGCUUUUUGGCAAAGGAGCGUUACCAGAGAGCAAACUAAAUUACAAACCGCACUUCAAAAGAGAAAACAAGAAAACGUGCAUCGUUUAGCUGCAGGUCAAGAACUUCUUCCCGAAGAGGAGAUAACAAAAUUAUUUAAACUUCCACCUGAACCAUCAAGACUUGAUUCAUUAUUAAUAACCGCACAAAUUAAUAAUUAUUGUAAACAAUUAAAUCAAUAUUCUGGUCCAACACUUGGAAAAUUGUUUAUGUCUGGUGAAUUACAAAAACCUUAG